UCCAGUGGACACAUCCAGCGGCCAUCUGUGCCAUCGGUCAUCGUUUUGUUUUGUUUUUCCGCCCUCUGCCCUUGCCGUGCCGAUUAAAACCAGGCUUUCUCUUCUUAUCAACUUUUCUUUUUCUUUCUUUUUUUUUUUUUGCUCUUUUUGUUUUUCUUUUCAUCCGCAAAAUGUUGCGGAAGUUAAACUUUGUUCAUAGGAAAUGCAUUUGCAUUUCUCAGGCAGCCAUUCCCUCUCCUCGGUGAAGACACGGCGGGGCAGUGCGCUUGGUUGAGCAGCGCUGGAGGAAGCAAAGUGUGGAGAAGAAGGAUUCGCCAAACUCGGGACCAAAGACUUGAGACUUAUUUGUCUGCUUUCAGCGGGUCACCUCAACAGUGCCACUUUGGUCUGGGCUGAGUGAAAGAGGGGAAAAAAAAAAAAAGCACCUGCAGGGCCGCAUCUGUGGCCCAAACCCCAAUACUGCAGUAUGGGCAACUUUUCCAGCAAGGACGGCCAUGGACCUACAGGCGCCCAUGGGGAGAGUUUCCACACUCCUCCUACUUCUCCACAGAGUGAUGCGCCUGCUGUCAUGCCUGGUGUCCCCCAGCUCCUUCACCCUACCUCGCAUCAACCUUCCCUUGCUGCCCCAGUUUCACCUCCACCUCCAGUCCCAGUCAUCACAUCCAUCGGGAAGAAAUUGCAGCCCACCACCACCCCAACCACCCCCAACACGUCCAGUCCCACUCAUCUACCAGUCAGCCCAAACAGCUCAACCACUGGCCCUGGAGUUAGCCUGGUGCAAAACAAGCCCGGAACUACUGUGGUUAAAGGACAAGCUGCUUUGGGGAGGAAUGGGGGUCCUCCAACAUCUACCCCUAGGACUCCCAGUUCUAGGACUGUGGCUGUCAGCCCUACAAAGAGCCCCUCUUCUCUGUGUAGUGCCUCACCUUUGAUGGGCAGCUCUUCAGGGAAGAACUGGAGCGAAAGGGACAGUGGUCUGAGUCAGUCUUUACUGCCUGGUCAUGAAGCUGGGGACAGCCAUAGUGAGGAACUUCAGAAACUUCUGGAGGAAUGUAGGACAUCACUGGGUAUCACUGCGAGUCAUGAUGGGACCAAGAACAUGGCAGAGAUACUGAAGCAUCUACUGACAGAAGUGAAGAAUUUGAAGAGCACUUUGCAGACAGAGCGUGGGGAAUGGCUGCAGUUCCAGGCCGACCUCCAGGUGGCAGUGUCAGUGGCAGACCGCCUGAGAGCUGAGGCAGAGGAAGAGCUGACGGCGCUCCAGACGGCGCACAAGGAUGUCGAGAGGGAGCUGGCUGCUGCCCAGCAAAGACAGAAGGAGGCUGAUAUGCAACUGGUCACCCUGAGGGGGGAGUUAAAGGAGAGCAGGCAGAGACUGGCAACUCUUACCCAGGCUCAAGGCAAAACUGAUGCCCAGGCUCCUUGUCAUGAACCAGAGAGGCACAACGCAGAACCCGCCAAAACUUUUGAGAGCAAAGAAGGGACUCAGAAGGGCAUGGACAGGGCGGUGUACAGGUUGGGACGAGAACGGAUGGAAAGUAGCGGUGAGAAUGACGUGACGAAAAAUGUUGUCAGCGAGGAGGCGAGAACAUGCUGUAAGGGGGUGACUAAACGUUACCUGAGAAAUUUGACCAACGAGGAUAGGAGCGGAGAGGAGGUGCGAUCCACUGACACACGAAGGACGGUAACCACAGAGAGAUCAAGAAGCCUUUCCAGAUUACCUGCCUCCUCAGAGCCCGUCACCAUGCAGAAUGGAACCUCCCAGUCCAAUACUGCCACAACAGUUGGACCCACAAACAAAUUUGUUUUCAAGAACUUGGGGCAACUAAGAGGCCGAAGAAAUCUGGAUUGGCAAGACAGCAGGUCAAGCACUGACAUAGGAAAACGUGAGGAGUCUCUAAACAAGUACAACUCUGCCCUCACUGAGUUACCUCCCACAAAAUCCCAGGAUGGUUUCAACCUGCUGCUGCGUCGCCAUGGAGGCUCCAAGAGAAACUCCCUGCUCCGCUGGUGUCAGAGCCGAACCCAAGGCUACAAGAAUAUCGACAUCACCAACUUCAGCAGCAGCUGGGCUGAUGGUCUCGCCUUCUGUGCUGUCUACCACACGUACAUCCCCUCACACAUCCCUUACAGCACUCUUACUCCAGAGAGCAAGAGAGAGAAUCUCAGUCUGGCAUUCAAAACAGGAGAGACUGUUGGGAUUGCACAAACCCUGACGGCAGAGGAGAUGCUGAGAGCAGGUGGUCCUGACUGGCAAAGGGUCCUGAGCUACGUGGAGAGCAUGUACCGUCACUUUGAGAUGUGACUACUAGAGGUACUGACAGACAAUCCCACAGUGGAUCCUUAAGGACUCGUCAAAGGAAACACCUCAAGUUGUUAUGAUGAUGGCUCCCUGAAUACUAUACCAUACCCUAGGAGGGUGUCUGGGAAACUGGAGAAACUAUUCCUCUGUUUGCAAAAAAAAAAAAAAACGAAAUCAAAAGACAUUUAAAGCUACAAGUUGCAACUU